UCGCUGCCGUCUUUUGACCCUGACUUGAGUUUGUGACAGUGGCCACUUCUAUCAUUCUACUGUUGGCUGAACACAAAUUUGAAGAAGAAUCGCAUCGUACCGCCGGUUGCUCUCACUUGUUCUGUGUGGAUGUGACCAAAAUUACGGAAGACUGAGUAUCUCCAGGGACGAGCACGGUUGUUCGGUUCCUCUUGUUGAUCGAUUCCAUCUUCCCAUUGACCCGUGCAAGCCAGUUUGGCGGUUGUUCGGAGCGCAUGGUGUGAGCAAGCAUCAUGGUGGUGCCUCGGAAGCGUCGCACUCAAAGCUCUGGGUCGGUGGGAGUGUUCACUGCAGAGUGCAUCAGAGAGAAGAGGAAGACCAAGGAUAGGGUGGAAUAUCUUGUAAAGUGGAAAAAUUAUCCGGAAAAGUCCAACACAUGGGAGCCCGAAGAACAUCUUCUUGAUCCCAAUUUACUGCAGGCAUUCCUGAAAAGCGAGCGGGAAAGGGACCGGUCAUCUCCGGAUAGUGCCGCAGGUGCCGCCACAGCUGCAACCACAUAUUGCAGCGCUCCGCGCCUGAGCAAUGCUGAUGCUGCGGGUGGUGCUGCUGCAGCCUCAGGAGUUUCGCUACAGCCUCCCGCAAAGAAGAAGGCUCUGGCUGUCCAGCAAAAUCACCAGCAAAGAGCAAUUCAGCUAUCGUCGUCAUCCUUAUCCUUGAGCAGUAAGACAGCUGUGCUGGCGACCAGCAAUGGCGGCGGUAAGCAUCUACCGGCAGGUGCGCUGGCAACAAAGCUAAAGAAUCAUCAUCACAAGCCGAAAGUUCCAACGGCGAAUCAUGCUAAGCCAUCUCUCCCUGUUACGCUUCAUACUAAAACUCCAUCUGCAGCAUCAUUACCCGUAUCAUCUGCAUCAUCGUCAUCGUCUUCAGCAUCUCACCGCAAGCAGAGUGUGAAGCAUGGUGGCGGCAGCUUGCCUGUGCGUGCUGGUGUGGAGAACCGGAAGACAGUUGCAGCUAACAGCUCUGAGGCCCGGCUUGCUACCAGUGGACUCAGCAGUGUGAGCAGCGACGACUGCUUUGUAGACAAUGCUGCGUCAGCUGCCCCGGGCUGUGCUCCGAAUCGCGGCACUAGAGAGGCACUGUUGGACCGAGGCCGCGUGCAACAACCACCGACGCCAUCACUACCGCCAUACCGUGGGUACGUCGACUUGCUACGUCGGCAGGAGAAGCUGCUGCCGACUCCUGACGAGAGUGCAUUCCGACGUCCUCUCUGGAGUGAGGGCUGCGGUUUAUCCUUGUCACGUAUCGACUCUCAGCGCAAGAACAGUGUCAGCGAGGAGUGGUCUAGCGACCGUCGCAAGCGUGUCUUCCUGUUCCCGUACGCCGUUUCGAAUCACUGCGACAUCCCCGCUGACUGCCACUCCGUGCUGCGGCCCUCGCAGUUCGCCCCGCCUGUAAUCAGCGAGGAAGUCAAACGAACACUGUCGUGCCUCUAUAGUCCUGUUGAGGUCACCUAUGUGACUGACGUGUCGUCUGACAUAGUCGCGGAGGAUGUGUGCCAGCUUUAGACGACUGGGACCUCUAUCGUUUUUCCCGGUCGUCCACCACCGGCAAAUCCUAAAAUAUUUCACCAGAUCUCUAUUUUUCCAGCUCGUAUGGUAUCCAGGGUCAUGCCGCCGUUAUCCAGUCAACAUUAUCAUUUCCAUUGAAAAGAACUAGACGCAUUAUCAUAUGCCGAGAAAAAGUAGCCUUAGUAAUACCACAGUUGUAGUCCUUGUGAUCUGCCGGAAGAUUUAUCAACUAGCGAAUCCUCUUCUUCGCUGGCCACAUUAUUUAAAUGUUCCUCCCCUCCCGCUCAGACUCUAGUGUCCUCAUCCAAACUCAGCACUAUAAAAUCUUAUUUGUGAUGGUCCCAUACUUAUCGCAAGCAAAAACGCCUUACUCGCUCUUAGUAUUCAUUGCUACCGCAAUCUCUGCAUGUCAUUCCUUGCCGCAUUGGUUUGGUGCGCUUCUGUAUCCCUUCGUUGUGUUAUUCCGCUUGAGUCGAGAGCUGCAGGCAGCUUUUCCAUGUUGAUCAUGUCCCAUAGGCCAGCUUAUCACAGGAUCAAUGAUAUGAUACUCUUGAACAUUAAAUUUUGUUCUGAAAUGCUGCAAAGUAACCUCUCUGAAAUCCGCC